CCUCCCGCUGCGUCUCUCAGUCGUGCGCUUAUUACUCAACGAGAGGAUCACAUUGAACGGAGAACAACAAGUACAGUGCCAAAACUUCUCAAAGCUUUUUCUAUUUUUUUUUGUUUAGGCAGAUGAAAUACAGGAUCACAACGGGGGGAGUAGGCUACAGUUAUCUGGAACAUUUCCCACUCUUGCCUGAGCUUCUUUGGAAAUAAACACAAAAUGAACCACGCACGCCAACAGCCUACGUGGGUAAAAUGAAGGUGCCUUAUCUCAUCCACUGAUCUCCAGAGUCCACAUCCCUCUGGCAUGGAGGUCCUGUGGCGCUCUACAGGCUUUGCAGCAGAGGUUCUGGAUGUGUUUGACCGCUCACUGACUGAUAAAGAACUGGUGUCACAGUCUAAAGCCUUGUGCAAAGACUACAUUAUCUCAAGACUUAACCAGAAUGGACUUGGAUGGUCAAAAACUGAGCUCAAUUUCUCUACUUCAAAUUCAUCUGUCUGUGAGGUGUCUGUGGUCCUUCUCUGUCUUGGCGAUGAGCUGGAGUGUAUACAGCCCAGUUUGUACAGAAACGUGGCACGGCAGCUGAACAUCUCUGUUGCCAUGGAGAGUAUGGUGUCAGAUGCCUUCAUUGGUGUAGCCACAGAGAUUUUCUCAACAGGUAUAACAUGGGGAAAAGUUGUGGCCAUGUACGCAGUAGCAGGUGCUCUGGCAGUGGACUGUGUCAGACAAGGUCAUGUGAAUAGUGUUCAUGUCAUUGUGGACGGUCUAGGCCAGUUUGUUCGCAAGUAUCUGGUUCACUGGCUCAAACGGCGUGGAGGAUGGGUGGAGAUCACUAAAUGUGUGUUGAGAAAAGACUUGAUACCAGAGAACCACUGGAUGUCUUCUGUUAUAGACUCUUUGAAAUAUUUCCUCACAUCACUGUACGUUUACAUCAUGAAGGAGCCUUAAAGACCCACCAGGCCACCGUAGCCAGUGUUUGCUGGGACUGGUAUCUCAGUAAAAAUAUGGGACUAUAGAAGGCUACUUCUGCUGCUGAAUCAUUUACAACUGUUUCAUCAGCAUACAUUGUGCUGUUCAUAAAGUUAACAGGUAAUACUGAAGCAUCAACUCCAGUUACAUUUCAUUUCUGUCCUGGCCGUUAUUGGAACAACUGUACUGAAUAUGUUGCUUGAGAGGCAAUUUUCCCACACUGAUCAAUUCUUAAUGCUUCCAUGCUUUCCAUGUUUUCGCUUGAGCUUUGCAGGGCUGACAGUACAGUGAAAGGAAAUGCAAGUAUCAUAAUCAGAGGUUGAUUGAGUUCAACAUCUCUGUGUGGAGGGUUCAUGUGACACUUGUGUGGAGUAGUGUGGUAUUUCAUGGAGAUACGUUAUAAGGAUUAUGAACUUUGAACUUAACCAUACAAGAAUGUAGUGUAUUGUAAUCAUGCUGGUACAGGAUGUUGUUUUGACCAAAGAUGAGGAGGCAGAUGAAACUGAAACAAAGUAUGAUUCUGAGCUAAUUAGUACAAGCCUAUUUUUAUCUUGUAAAUAGUAUUUAUGAAUUUAUUUUUUAACUUUUUUUUUUUCACUUUAAAUGUAAUUUUGUAUUUGGACAUUUCAUUAUUUUUACAACUGCAGUAUACAGCCAGCCUCAAGGGCUUGCCAGGAUGAUUGUGCAGUUUGCCUGUGAGUCUUUUUUCAGUGUUAAUUUAUAACUGUGUGUGUGUAAAGAUAUAUUCCACAAUAAACCAUUCCAAAUGAC